CCUUCCCUCCACUCAUUCGUUCCGCGACGCGUUGUCUCGCCGGCCGGCAUCUACCUCAUUCGCCCGGGCUCACCCGUACCGUGUACACAACACAACGCAAAGUAAACUCGAAUUUUAAAACAUGACGGAAAGUACAGACACCCCUGCGGCCGCCGCGCCCGAGAAGACCCCAACUGAAAAUGGCUCCACUGAAACUCCGCCAGAAGAAACACCGGAGAAAGCUACCGAAGAAAAAGAAAAGGAGACACCCCCGCCCAAAGAGAUGCGCGCAGUUGUACUUACCGGCUUCGGGGGGCUGAAGACUGUCAAAAUAUUAAAAAAACCGGAACCUACUCCAGCUGAAGGCGAAGUCGUGAUUCGUGUUAAAGCUUGUGGCCUGAACUUCCAAGACCUCAUCGUUCGGCAGGGCGCCAUCGACUCUCCUCCUAAAACCCCAUUCAUACUUGGCUUCGAGUGUGCUGGAGAAAUCGAGCAGGUCGGAGAAGGUGUCACCAACUUCAAGGUUGGAGACCAGGUUGUGGCUCUUCCGGAGUACAGAGCUUGGGCCGAGCUGGUGGCCGUGCCAGCGCAGUACGUGUACGCUCUCCCCGAGGGUAUGAGCGCCCUGGAUGCCGUGGCCAUCACCACCAACUACGUGGUGGCAUAUCUGCUUCUCUUCGAGAUGGCGAACCUCACUCCAGGCAAGAGUCUACUGGUGCACUCUGCUGGAGGUGGCGUGGGUCAAGCCGUCGCUCAGCUGGCGAAGACCGUGGAUGACGUGACGGUGUUCGGUGUCUGCUCCAAGACCAAGCACGAGGCUCUGAAGGCCAACAACAACAACAUUGACCAUCUCCUUGAGAGGGGCAGUGACUACACCAGCGAAGUUAGGAAGAUUUCCGCCGAUGGUGUCGACAUCGUCCUGGAUUGCCUCUGCGGAGAAGAAUGCAACCGUGGAUACCAACUGCUCAAGCCAAUGGGACGAUAUAUUCUCUACGGCUCAUCAAACAUCGUGACCGGAGAAACGAAGAGUUUCUUCAGCGCCGCCCGUGCCUGGUGGCAAGUGGACAAGGUGUCCCCUAUUAAACUGUUUGACGAGAACAAGAGCCUGGCUGGCCUGAACCUGCGACACUUGCUCUUCCAAAACGGGCGCGCCGACUACGUCCGCCGCGCUGUCGACCGCGUGUUUGCUCUGUGGCGCGAGGGCAAGGUCAAGCCUAUCGUGGACUCCACUUGGGCCCUUGAGGAUGUUGGUGAAGCCAUGCAGAAGAUGCACGACCGUAAGAACAUCGGCAAGUUGGUGCUAGACCCAUCUCUGGAGCCCAAACCAAAGCCAGCGACGCCGGCCAAGGGCAAGUCAGGAAAGGAAAAGAAGCCAGCCAAAGAGAGUUCUGAGGAGAAGAAGGACAAGGACUCGAAGGAGGAGGAGAAGAAACAGGAGAACGGAGACAAGAACGGUGAGGAGCCGAUGAGUAACGGUGGCAGCGAUGAAGAGUCCAAGGAGAAAGAAAAAGAAUCUAGCUGAAUUGUUUCCCGGAGACCUGGACCAGAUAAACCACCGCCAUUUUAUUAUUUUAGUGUUGCUAGUUUUAGCGACGCGACCGAAUGCGCCGAGAUACACGCCGUCAGUCGCAUAGCAUUACGUCGCGUCGCACACAUGCGCUGAGGUCGCACACCGCUAUUAUUAUGUUGCCUCAUGAUUUAAUUGAUUAUUUAUCUUGUAAGUUCGAUUGCGGCUCUGUCCGACGUGUUACCGUCUGUCAUGAUUGACAACGACUAACUUUUUUUUUCUCUUUGAACCCAAAAAGAGGCAAAGGUAAAAGCUAUUGUCGUCAAUCACGUUCCGAUAUAAGGACUGCAGAUAGAGAAUACGUCUGGACAUUGUAUUUUUAUUCUGAUUUAGAUUAGUUUUUGCGUUGUGUUUAUGAAUUCACCACAUUGCAUAAUGAUGUUGUUUGUAUUCUAAAUAACGGUGCAGCGAAAUUCGAUCGAGGAAUUAUUUAAUCCAAUUUAUUUUUAUACUUUUUUAUGUGGCCUACGUUCAAUAACGCCAGUCUCAUAGUUUAAACGUUAAGUCUUUAUUUUAGUAUGAGAUAUUUUUGUCAGCAGUUAUUUUAACGGCUAUUGUAUAAGAUGCAGAGAUGCUUAAUCUUUAUGUAUGUUAAGCUUUAAUAUUUUAUUAGUAAAUGUUUAAAAUUUGGCCCUGACAUCCCUCUCCCUGCCCGCAGCCAUGCUUCUGUCUUCGUCGCUAUCUCGCUAACCAAACAAACCUCUUGUGUGUGAUAUUUUACAUUAGUCGUGCUAGAAUUAUUUAACUUUGAUACUACCCACCGUUUUCCAAAUUCAUAUAACUUAGGAGUUAACUACUUCAUUCCAUUUAUGUAGUUUAACAUAUAAUAUUUUGAUUCCUAUAUAUUGUAAUGGAAUUAUAGAAACAUGUCGUUACAUAUUAUGUCGAGUAGCGAGACAACGACGAGCCUCGUAGAUCUUUGUAUAUCUGGCUUAAGUAAAUUCAUAUACUCUGUGGCAUAUUUUAUUCAUAAUUAGUACUAAAGUAUAUUUUUAUAGACAGAUGUCUAAUAAUGUCUUAAAAGGCUUUCUAUGUAUCUACACAAAAUAUCACAUAUCUAAACAUUCACACAUUGUAUUAAGAAACAUUUUUGAUAGUAAUAUUACUCCCGAUUUUUAUUUCAAUAUACACCUUGUAGUGUUUACGGAUAUAUUUCUGAUAAGGUUGUAAACUUUGUAAGGGACAUUAAAUUCUAUAGCUAUUAUCUAUCGAGUAACACUUUGGUAGCAAUUCUACGGUUCAUUUCAAAAAUGGAAACUACAUCUGUCUCUUUCAAUCCAAGAAAUGAAAGAGACAGGUAUAGCGUUGAGAUAGAAUUGCUUCCACGGAGUACUUACCUACAUUUUAUCUGUGUAACAUAUCAAAAUGCAUGUAAAGGAUACAAAAGAAAGGCUGAAAAGUAGUUCUCCGGUGGUACCGGAAUAAAUUGAGGCUAAAUCUUGCAAAACAAACUGCUCAAUAUAACCUGCCGAGUUAGCGGAAAACAAGCACUGACGUAGACAUUUUUACAAUCUUUAUACCCUUUUUGAAUAUUUUGGGGCGAGCGUUUAUAUGAAUUAUUGAGCGUCAUUAGAAUUAUUUAUUAGAAAACUAAUUAUAUCAUUUUAAAAUUCAUGUGCUACUUAAAAUUGAUAUGAUAUUUUACCCUUUUUUUAAUCCUGAGUAAGAUGAUUAAGUAAUAUUGAGUUAGAAUAUUUUGAAAUUCGUCAAAGAUCCCUUGUUGUAAGUUCGCCACGAGCCGCUUCGUAACGUAAGGUGGCUUGGUGCUAGCUUAGUGUUCUCGACUCGCUUCUGUCUUUCGGACCAAUAUCUCUACGCUGUAGUCUUCUUAUAAUCUUUGUCGCUUUAUGUGUCAAAUUCGUGCGAAUUUUCUUAUAAAUGUAAACAUAUUUGUGUAACUAUAUCGACCUGUAUAAUGGUUAGAUUUGUCUAAAUUUUCUUAUAAGGAUAUCUCAAACUCUGUUUAAUUCUGGAGUGACUGCGCCGGGGUGUGUAAGAUGAAAUUGUUGUAGGUUAGUAGCGAAAAGUGGCCAAUAUAUUUAUUGUUUGGGAAGGCAGGGUUGUGGGCGCAGUCAGCCCAGAAGUAUUUAAAUAGCUGGGUCGUUACCUAAUGUUCUAAUUUUGUUUUCUAAGGGCGGGCCAGUGUGAUAUCUAUAAUAUGAAAUGGAUAAAUAAAUAUGUAUGAUCUGUAAAAAUGCUUAUAAA